AUGCACAGCGUGUGUCCCGCCACGACCGCCCUGCCGGCGGCGCCCUCCGACCAGGGGAGUCUGACUCCGCGGGGCGCCGCCUUCACCAUCGAGGCCCUGCUGGGGCUGGGCCCGGCAUCGCCGGACUCCUCGACGCCAGCGGGUCCCGACCGGGGUCCAUCUCCGUGCCACGAGCGACGCCGAGGCGCGGACUCGGCGCGGCGCCACGGCGAGCCCCGGGCCCGGAGGGUGCGCACCAUCUUCACGGCCGACCAGCUGGAGCGGCUCGAGGCCGAGUUCGAGCGCCAGCAGUACAUGGUGGGGCCCGAGCGACUGUACCUGGCCGCCGCCCUGCGGCUCACCGAGGCACAAGUCAAGGUGUGGUUCCAGAACCGGCGCAUCAAGUGGCGCAAACAGCACCUCGACAUGCAGCGGCUCGCGCACGCGGCCGCCAAGCUCUCGCCACAGACGCAGACGCAGCUGUGA